GUCGGUCGGGUAGGAGCUGCGGGUCCAUGCUCACUGGGACUAUUCCUGCUUCCAUGUAUAUAAACCCACAAUAAAAGCAUCUGACCAGACCUGUGCAGGACUGCUCCUGUGCGUCAGAGCGUCUCCACAGAGGAGCAUGCUUCAAUCAAUGCUUUGUUCCAUGUGAGACGGGAUUAAGCUCUUCAGUGGCUCAUUCAGGGUUGUGGACAACUUUUUUUUUUUUUUAUUUAUCUUUGGGGCAGGGAUGUCUUCUGCUCGGGUGGACUACAUUGCUCCCUGGUGGACUUACUGGCUUCACAAUUUCCCUCACAUCAACCUGAGGUUUCAGCCCAUUGACAACGGCUUCCAGCCAGAAGAAGAGAACUACCAGCAGUCUCUCAUAUUCCUGGGCUGUGUGGCGGCCGCGGGCCUCGGCCUCAACCUGCUGUGUCUGGCCGUCUACCUGAGCUGCUUGUGCUGCUGCCACAAGGACGAAGAGGAGGAGAGCAAGAAGCCCAACUCCUGCUGCGUCACCUGGUCGGCCGUCGCCGCCGGCCUCAUCACAUGCAUCGCGGUGGGUGUGGGUUUCUAUGGCAACAGUGAGACUAAUGACGGCGUGUACCAGUUGACCUACUCCCUGUACAACGCCAAUCACACGCUGGGCGGUGUGGACAGUCUGGUGACUGGAACCAUGGGCAGCAUGAAGAGCGGCCUGCACCAGCACCUCGCCAGGCUGGACGAGAUCUUCGCCACGCGGGGCGACUACGUGCAGACCCUGCAGUUCAUGCAGCAGAUGGCUGACAACGUGAUCAAACAGCUGCUGGGCCUGCCGGACUGGGAGGAGGCUAAAGUGGACCUGGCCUCCAUCGCUGAUCAAACAGCAAACGUGGAGUACUACAGGUGGCUCACCUACCUGCUGCUCCUCAUCCUGGACCUGAUCAUCUGCCUGCUGGCCUGUCUGGGGCUGGCCAAGCAGUCUCGCUGGCUGCUCACCACGAUGAUGGUGUUCGGGGUGCUGACGCUGGUCCUGAGCUGGACUUCUCUGGGAGCUGACCUGGCCACUGCUGUGGGCACAAGUGAUUUCUGCGUUUCUCCUGACAAGUUCGUCAUGAGCCAGACAAAGGGCGUCAUCGGCUCCGAUAUUGUUCAUUACUACCUUUACUGCAACCAGACUCUCUCCAACCCCUUCCAGCAGCCUCUGACCAUCUUCCAGAGAUCCCUGACCACCAUGCAGAUCCAGAUCCAGGGUCUGCUGCAGUUCGCUGUGCCUCUGUUUCCCACAGCUGAGAGAGACCUACUGGGUAUCCAGCAUGUGCUCAACUCCUCGGAGGCCAGUCUGCACCAGCUGACCGCCCUGUUGGACUGCAGGGGGCUCAACAAGGACUACCUGGAUGCGAUGGUGGGGGUGUGCUACGACGGGGUGGAGGGUGUACUCUACCUCUGCCUCUUCUCCACCCUGGCAGCCUGUGCCUUCACUGUCAUGCUGUGUGCCAUUCCCAGGGCAUGGAGACAAAUUGCCUGCAGGGAACGAGAAUACGACGACAUCGACGAGGAGGAUCCGUUCAACCCGCGGGCGAGGAGGAUAGCCUCCCAGAACCCCAACGUCACCAACAUGCACAGCUUCUGCAGCUACAGCAGCAGCAUGGGCAGCCAGAACAGCCUCCACCCGCCCGCCCCUGCUGUCUCCAACGCCCCCGUGUCCGAGUACAUGAACCAGACGGCUCUGUUCGGGGGAAACCCGCGGUACGAGAACGUCCCUCUGAUAGGACGAGGCUCUCCACCCCCCUCGUACUCACCCAGCAUGCGGGCCACCUAUCUGUCCAUGACGGAGGAACAGAUAAGACACUUUGGGAACGACUUCCAAGCAUAGACUUCUUUAUCCGAUUCCGAGGACGGAAAGCCGGGCAUCACACACAGGCUCUGCAGACUAACAGUGUGUGGCCACCCGGAGCAUCACAGAGGGCAGAGUGCGACAUCUCAUCAGUCAAGGGCUCUCAAGUGCAGCGCAGAAGCAGCACAGUGGAACCAUAUCGGUACUCUACUCUGUGUGCAUAAAUGAUUAAUCUCUCAAAAUAUCUCUGACACUGUGCUGUCGAAGUAAACCUGCUGUUAAUAUGUUGUGUUCCUCAUGCUGUGUCAUCUAUUGGUGAAACAUUGAGGGAGGAUUUGACUGUCUUUAUACACCUGAGGAUUCAUUUCUCACUGCAGUAAAACAAAGAAUUCACUAUAAAGUAAGAAAAUAACGGGAAAAUUUAAAUGUUUCAUCCUUCCUUUUAAAAGAUUUGGGUUUUUUUUGACAUUACAGAAUUUACAUUCAGGUCUCCAAAGAGAAAAGAUGUGAACAUGACAGCUGAUGUAAACAUAUGAUUUUCUGCGUAUUGUGCUUCGUCUCUUGAUAUUCGUGAAGCACAAACGCAGCCCCGGCAGCACACAGCGGGAGCUAUUGUUGAGGUAUUUAUUUACAUUCACACACAGACACGUUUCUAAAUCUCCUGGACACGAGGCUACCUUGAGACCACGGCUUUUGUAAAUAAGUUGUACAAUAACAGACAGUUGUCUCAUUCCGAUGUGAUUUAUUUUGAUUUUGUUUAAACAAUGUGCCAAUUUAUAUAUAUUUUUUUCUAGUUUUACGUGGGGAUCUCACAUAGAUCACUAUUUUUUUGUACUUUCUAAAGGGCCAAUAAUUCUAUCUCUACAUAUCUAAUCCCGCUAAUACAAUAAAGUUGUAGUUUCUGUCAUAACUUGGGAAGCUGUGCUGCUCUAACAAGGAAUAAUGAGAAUAUUCAGGUAAUCAUUUUCUUCAAUUCAAACCAUCCAAACAAUAAAUGUUUGUAUUGACUAACAAUGAUUUUCUGUAGGGAUUUAACACAUGCAGUUCUGUUUAAUUAUGUUGGUCAGUGUCGUUUCUGUAAGCAUGUUGCAUUGUACAGGCACUGAGAAUGGUGCUUAAUUUCGUGUGACCCCAAAAACUAUGGGGUGUAAU